AUGUCAAAUCGUCCAGUACUAGAAGAAAUCGAUGAUGAUGACAUCGACAACUUGGACAUGGAUAUUGCCCAAUUUGAUCCAACGUUGAACACUCCCAUAGCACCUCUCAGACCACAACCAACAGUUGUUCGUUCUCAAGAUCAGCACCAGCAACAGCAGUAUCAAGCAAUGCCUUCCUUGACAGAUGACGUGGUGAAUGUCGAUAAGAAAGAGAUUGUAGACUCCAAUAAGUUUACUGACGAAGACCGUAUACGGUUGCAAUCGUUCCAAGUGUUAUAUCCAUGUUACUUUGAUAAGAAUCGGUCUCAUAAGGAAGGAAGAAGAGUAAGUGUGGACAAGGCAGUUGUUAACCCCUUAGCCAAGACUAUUUCUGAUGCUUGUCGAGCAUUACAUCUUAAUACAUUCUUGGAGUUGGAUAAAACACAUCCUCAAGACUUUGGGAACCCGGGGAGAGUUAGAAUACUAAUUAAAGAUAAGUUUGAAGACGGGAAAGUGAUGGAUCUGAGAUUUACCUGUAAAAGAAGCUUAUUGAAUGCUGUGGCAUCAUAUUUACAAGCUCAUCCAACAACUUUAUCCAGUAUUGGACCUGGAUCUGGGAUUCCAUUACCUCAAGAAUAUGAAACUGGGUUUGAACCACUGGAACUUCCAUUGGUUAAAGGGUUCAGAAUGAAUACCAUUGUCCCAGUUCAUUCCAGUUUGACCAUGAAACAUCCCAUGACUAAAAGCAUCUAUGAUCCACUUCCAGAACAACCAUCACAGGGAGCAAUAAAGCCUUCAACUGCUCCAAAACAACCUAAAAAGAAGAUUAUGAAGAUAAGAGGUUAA